AUGGCUGAUCCAUCGAUCUACACAUAUCCAUCUCCUCUGGAAGGUUAUGAGAACCUCCCAUCUCUUCCAGACGAAAAGAACGCAGAUGGCAAGUCUUAUGUGAACCCACCAGCAACCAGACCCAGCCCAGCAUACGAAUCUUUUGUCUCGCCUAUCACAAAUGACGAGCGCGGCGGUUUUGAUGUCCACAUAUACUUCCAGCAAAACAUAGAAUCUGAGGUCAAGUUUGCGACCGAAUUGUGGGAGCGCAUUCGAAGAGAAUUCCCUGAGCUGCGUGUUUACAGACUAUGGGACAAGCCAGUUGGCCCGCAUCCCAUUGCCAUGUUCGAAGUCAACUUGUUUACGCCAGCUCAAUUUGGUGCCUUCAUCCCAUGGCUGGUUAUCAAUCGUGGGCCCUUGUCAGCACUGUUGCAUCCAAACACUGGCGACGAUAUUCGAGACCACACGCAACGUGCUACUUGGCUUGGGCAGCCUUUCCCACUUCAGGUUGGUCUGCUCAGGAAGAUGCUGCAGAAGAGAGCUGAAGAGGCUCAAAACGGCCAGAAGACGAAUUAA